AAUCACAUGGAGGGAAAUAAAGGGAACGAUCACUCAUAUGAUUUGGAACUGGACCGAGUAGAUUAAAUGGGAGGGAAUACCACUUUAUUGAAGCUUCGAUCUCUGGCUCCGUCUCCCUCGAGCGUGCAGACGCACACGUCUCCUCAUCUAAGAGGUGCUAAACACCACGCCGACCGUCCCAAGAGCCCUGGAGGACCAGCGGCGCAGACGGGAGGGGACGGCUGCGCAGACGACAGGCCAGCGAUGGGCAAACCGCUCUCAGAGUCAUUGAGGAGACGCGGCGGGAGGCCAAGGGUUCGAGAGAAGGCGUCGCACUCACCGGCGCACAGCAGCGACACUGAGCCACACACCAAAACCAAGAAUCAGAAGAAAAGGAAAGGGUCUCAUUCGUCUAAGCGGCACCAUCACGGACAGAAUCGCCACCGGAGCGCCUCUGUGUCGCCGGGUCGGCACAAACACACGUCCAAGAAGAAGAAGGGCAAGAGUCACGGGACGGCCCGGCAGCGCAGCAGCUCCUGGAGCAGCGGGAGAUCAUCGUCACGAGCUCAUUCUAGAGAACACGGAUCCAGCAAGAACAAAUCACCACACGUCCGACAGAACAACUCCAGGGAGAGAGACAGUCCUCAUCACUCGGAUGCAGAACGAGCUCACCGCCGCUCGCGCAGCUAUUCUCCCAUCCGCAAGAGGAGGAGAGACUCGCCCAGCUUUAUGGAAGCCCGCAGGAUCACCAGCGCACGAAAGCGUCCCAUCCCGUACUACCGGCCGAGCCCGUCCUCUUCCAGCUCGGCCAGCAGCUACAGCAGCUCCAGUCGCAGCCGCAGUAACUACAGCAGUCACAGCAGCUCCAGCCGCAGCCGCAGCCGCAGCCGCAGCCGCUCCAGGAGUUACUGCAGCCAGAGCAGCUGCGACAGCCCCGGAUUCUGAGACCCAGUGAAGGUACGGAGGAGAGACGAAAGAAACAUCUCAACUGCACAGGACGCCCACGUUCCCUUUCUACUGCAGGA